UUCACCCAACACCAGAGCGCACGCGCUUCCUUUCCCACCCUCGGCUCCCCGCGCCCCCGCCCUGGACCGCUCUGCGCCUGCGCCAGGCCGCGCGAGCCGCUGCCCUGCGCUGCGGAGCUAGGCGGCGGCGCAUGCGCGCUGAGGCAGCUCGCGCCGCUGUGCAGCCGUCCUUGCGGGCCGGGCGGCGGAGGCGGAAUGGGGCGCGAGGCCGGGUCCCGCGCGUGAGGCCGGGUCCCGCGCGUGAGGCCGAGGCAGAGCCGCCGCGCUGGCGAGCCGGACCCCGACGGUGUGAUGGACAGGUAGCAGAAGAUUCCACUCUGAUAUCAGGGAAUCAGAAUGACUGAGUGCUUCCUGCCUCCCACUAGCAGCCCCAGUGAACAUCGUCGGGUAGAACACAGUGGGGGUCUUGCUCGUACUCCCAGCUCUGAAGAAAUCAGUCCUACAAAAUUCCCUGGACUGUACCGCACUGGUGAGCCUUCACCACCUCAUGACAGCUUGCAUGAACCUCCAGAUAUAGUAUCUGAUGAUGAAAAGGAGCAUGGGAAGAAGAAAGGAAAAUUUAAGAAGAAGGAAAAGAGAACGGAAGGUUAUGCUGCCUUUCAAGAGGACAGUUCUGGUGAUGAAGCUGAAAGUCCUUCCAAGUUGAAGCGGUCUAAGGGAAUACAUGUCUUCAAGAAACCCAGCUUUUCCAAAAAAAAGGAAAAGGAUUUUAAAAUAAAAGAGAAACCCAAAGAUGAAAAACAUAAGGAAGACAAACAUAAGGAAGACAAACAUAAAGAGAAAAAGUCAAAAGACUUAACUGCAGCAGAUGUUGUAAAACAGUGGAAAGAGAAGAAGAAAAAGAAAAAGCCAAUUCAGGAGACAGAGAUACCUCAAGUGGAUGUUCCAAGUCAUAGACCUGUGUUUGGCAUUCCUUUGGCUGAUGCAGUAGACAGGACCAUGAUCUAUGAUGGCAUCCGCCUGCCAGCAGUUUUCCGUGAAUGUAUAGAUUAUGUAGAGAAGUAUGGCAUGAAAUGUGAAGGCAUCUACAGAGUUUCAGGAAUAAAAUCAAAAGUUGAUGAGCUAAAAGCAGCCUAUGAUCGAGAAGAAUCUCCCAACCUGGAAGAAUAUGAGCCCAAUACAGUAGCCAGCUUGCUGAAACAGUAUCUUCGAGAACUGCCUGAAAAUUUGCUUACCAAAGAGCUAAUGCCCCGCUUUGAAGAUGCUUGUGGAAAGAGCACAGAAGCUGAGAAAGUUCAGGAGUGCCAGAGGUUGCUGAAAGAGUUGCCAGAGUGUAACCAUCUCCUAAUUUCUUGGUUGAUUGUGCACAUGGAUCAUGUUAUUGCAAAAGAACUGGAAACAAAAAUGAACAUCCAGAAUAUUUCUAUAGUGCUCAGCCCUACUGUCCAGAUCAGCAACCGUGUCCUGUAUGUGUUUUUUACACAUGUGCAAGAGUUCUUUGGGAAUGUGACCCUAAAGCAAGCGACAAAACCUCUUCGCUGGUCAAAUAUGGCGACAAUGCCAGCACUUCCAGAAACACAAGAAAGCAUUAAAGAAGAAAUUAGACGACAGGAGUUCCUACUAAACUGUUUACACCGAGACUUGCAGGCAGGGAUAAAAGACUUAUCCAAAGAAGAGAGACUCUGGGAGGUGCAAAGAAUUUUAACAGCUCUUAAAAGGAAGCUAAGAGAAGCUAAGAGACAGGAGUGUGAAACAAAGAUUGCACAAGAAAUCGCUAGCCUUUCAAAGGAGGAUGUCUCCAAAGAAGAAAUGAAUGAGAAUGAAGAAGUCAUAAAUAUUCUGCUUGCACAGGAGAAUGAGAUUUUAACAGAACAAGAAGAACUGCUGGCCAUGGAGCAGUUUCUGCGGAGACAGAUUGCCUCUGAGAAAGAAGAAAUAGAUCGCCUUCGAGCAGAAAUAGCUGAAAUACAAAGUCGCCAGCAGCAUGGGCGAAGUGAAACUGAGGAAUAUUCUUCUGAGAGUGAAAGUGAGAGUGAAGAUGAGGAGGAGCUGCAGGUCAUCUUGGAAGAUUUGCAGAGGCAGAAUGAGGAACUGGAGAUAAAAAACAAUCACCUGAACCAAGCGAUUCAUGAGGAGCGAGAGGCCAUCAUUGAACUGAGAGUACAGCUUCGACUGUUGCAGCGAGCUAAAUCAGAGCAGCAGGUGCAGGAAGAGGAAGAGCCAGAAAAACGCGGGGGUGUUUCUCAGCAGCAAAGAGACAGUGUCCUAGAGACAAAAGCAGCCAAAGAGCAGCCAAAAGCAAGCAAGGAGCAGCAAGUCAAGCCAUCACCAAGUAAAGACAGGAAGGAAACUCCGAUUUGAUCAGGCUUCUUGGGUAUUCAUAAAACCAACUGAACUGUGCAAAUUACUGUAAUUUUACUCAAACUGCACAAAUUAUUGCUGGCUGUGUACAUUAUGUAAAGAAACUUUUCUUUUAAGCCCUGGAGCCUUUGUCUCUAAUACUUGUGGCUUCUACUCAUCAGACUCAGGUGAGUUUGGGGAGGCCAGAAGAGUUUUCCAGCUAGUAUUGAUUAUUUCAUGACCGGUUUCCUUCAGGUGAUUAAAAUAAUUCAGUAACAGUUUUAUUUUAAAUCAAAACCAUUAUCUGCAUUCAUUGGAGCAGAAUUGGAAGAUCUCAUUUUCAGUAAAUAAACAAAAACCCACCCAUACUUACUAAUUAUUUGCCUUGUGAAUCUAUUCAUUCUCAUUCACAUUAUUUCUGCUUACCUAGUCACUUCUUGCUUGUGCCUUUGAUACCUUUCUGAUGCAGAUUAUAUACAAGGGAGCUUUAAAUUUAUUUUGGUUUGGCUAAAACGGUGGGAGACUGCAGGGUAUCGUGUUUACCUAACAAAUGCCCUCAAUUUCAUUUUUGUUCUAAGAUGUACUGAAUAAAUAUAAAACUUGACAGAUGUUAUUUAUGUCUCUGUAUGAUGGAAAUGUUCAUCAGGAGCUCUUAAUGUCUUGUAGCAAUGUAGUUAACCCAUUUGCUCAUUUAUAAAACAACCAUCAUCAUACCUGUAUAAGCCAUGCUGUGUUCAUACUGCCACCAUACAGCCAACAGCCUUUUCUUAAUCCAUUUUAAAUGUUUCAGUCCCUCUGAGCAAACCACUGACUGAUGCUUCAGUCAGUAAUGGGGAUGGGUUAUGUUGCUUAAGAUAGCAAUAGACUAUUUCCAUCUACAGAAAUACAAGUUGUUUGUGCUUUCCAAAUAAACCUGAAGAAUGAUGCCAACUGGAGGUAGUGGGGGUUCAGCAAUAGACUUUUUUGUUUUGUUUUAAAAAAACAAAAGACUUUUUGGUUUGGUUAUUUUACUGCUUCUAGCAAUCAAAAGCCUCCAUCCAAGCUGGCAUUUAAGGACCAUUUAAUGUUUCAAAUUCAUGAGACUUGUCACAGUCAAUUAUAUAGACAGUAACUCCACAGAGUGCAUAUAGGCUAUCUUAUUUUUUAAUCUGGAUAUUUAUUUUUCAGCACCUGUUGGAAGUGGUUGUAUUCCUUCUCUAUCUAUUGCACUGUUGUGAAUCAUUGGCCAUGAUUUGAUUUUGUACAAAUAAUGCUUUGAUAUGUUAUAGAAAACAGCAUAGUAUUUUUUUAAAAUUUGGGGAAAAGUUUAUAAAGACAGAAAAUGUGAUCAGAUGACAAAUGUAAAGCAUUCUCCCAUGCCUUCGUUACAAACAUUUUAUAUUUGCUGGCAAUAUUUAAACUUUUUUUGUUUAAUUAAUUCACACUAAUUCCUAUCAAAUUGUCAUGGAUUUUUCUAAUGUUCUUCAAACAAAUCUCUUAAUAUUGGUUAACUUUUAUUUUGUUAGGAGUGUAUUUAUCAAACAAAUAAAUUCAACAGCCAUUUGAA